AUGUCUGAGAGUAACGGCGACGCUCAAAAUCAGACCAGCCGGUUGAAGAAAAGAAAGAAUUUGGUGUUUAGUGAUAGCGAGGAGGAGGAGGAGGACGUGAUUCCUUUACGUCCAUCCAAGGUACACAGGGACCAAUACCCACCGGCCGGACAGGAGAGAACUGGUGCAGAUGACGGAGCUGAUAGUGAGGAAGAGUGUAAAAUUAUUACAGUUCCUCCGGCGGAGAUGCAGAGCUUGAAGGAUAUACCUAGGUCCAAGAGGAAGGAGUACAUAAUGAAGUCCCUCAACAGCUUCAUAAACAAGGUCAUGGAUGAUCAAGAAGAAGAGAUCAACCUUCUUAAGAAUUCAACUGCUGAAGCUACUGCUGGUGUGGAGCUUUGGAAGAACAAAGCUGUUACUUAUCAGGUUGAAAUUGAAGUGGUAAAGAAGGAGCUUCGAGAUAAUUAUCAGGAGAAAACCGAGCUUCAAGCUAAUGUAACCAAGCUGAGGUCAGAAAUGGAGGAGGAGAGGCGGAAGAGGAAGGAGCUGGAGGCACAAUUGGAGCAGUUGUCUAAAGAUCACUGUUUUUUUAAGGGGUGA